AUGUCACUGCAUGACUAUUUAUUGAAGGAGUAUGGGCCAUCCGAUAGGAAAAAGAAGAGUAAGAAAGUAGAUAGUAAAUCAACAGCUCAAAAACCAAAUAAUGAAGAUGUCAAUAGCAAUGCUAAUAAUCCCUUGAGAGAUAACUCUGAGAAAUCCCUAUGGUUAAGUCAUGGUGUAAAUAAUAUUCCUGGAGCACCGCUAUCGGACAAUUUGACGAAUAAACAGAAGAAUGGCAUCAAUAUCGAACCACCUUCCAGAACAGUAUUAGAACCAAAGACCCACAAUAUCGAGACAGUAUUUAGAAAUGCGCAGGGUCAUAAGAUAGAUGUCGAAGCUAAAACGCUUGACAGUGACUCUGGCAAAAGAAAUAGCCAAGAAGAAAGGAUACGAAUAUUGAAUAUGGGCGAAAUACAGCUAGCUGGGCUAGAUGGUGUUUCAACUAUCAGUAGUAAGUACACGGCUGAAAUACGAGAUAAUGACCCAGCGACUGAGUUUGAUCAUAAUAAAGGCGUGAAUCAUCAAAAGAUAUCACCUUUAGGUAGGAAGCUAUACGCAGGUACUGCUACAGAAAAUAGGUUUGGGAUACUACCAGGUAAUAAGUGGGAUGGGGUUGAUAGAUCAAAUGGUUAUGAAAAAAAGUGGUUUAAAAGACAGGGCGAACUUGCGGAGUCAAAAAUUCAAGAGUUUACUAAUAGUGAAGACUAUUAA